AAAAAGAGCCAGAGGAGGGGGAGGCGCAUGUGGAGUAGAGAGAGAGAGAGAGAGAGAGAGAAUGCGGGACUCUUGGAAAAAGACGCAUCUACACUCGGUCCAUCACGGAGGCGUCCACACCGAGCACAGCGUGCGCAGGAUUACGCUAAAGUGAUGCUGAUGUCGGGAUCUCUGCUCUAGCGCUUCAACAGAGACUCUCCUCUUCCUCGUCGUAUUUAUUUGAGAACCUUUUAGGAGAAAGUGGUUCCCAACGCACUCCGGCUUCCUCGUAACUUGCGUGAAGGAAUCCGACGGCUUGGCACGUUGCUCCACUGCGGGGGGGGGAAAAGAGGAGAACGCGGCUGGAUCGGAAGGUAAGAAAAGAUCCAGCGGCAGCAUCCCAAAGACUUAAAAAACUGAUUCCCAUUCCUGUUUGGGAUGUGAGUGAAUUUCCCUCCGCGGCUGGAGAGCAGAGCGGCGUGUGUCUUUUUUCUCCUUUUGUGUAGUAUCCUAGUGCUGCAUUGCAGUUUCCAACUGUGAAAACGCCGAGAAAAGCCGCUGUCCCAAAUGUGACUGGAAUAAAAAGAACUUAUUAAUGGCAUUAUGAGCUGAUAAGCGUCCUCGUGACGGGAUAGCGCUCCCGUUUGCGCAAAGAAAGGACCGGUGAAGAGUAAAGUGGAUUAAUCAGCGGCUGAUAAAUUAGGUUUUUUUUUUUUUACUUCUUCGAAGCGGGAUGGAUUGUUUAAAAGCUUUGUGGCGCGGGCAGCGCAGUAAUGCAGCGGGAUUAUUGCAGAAGUUGAAAAAACACUAGCGAGUUAUAGGAAGAGAAUCGAGGAGAGGAAGCCCGCGCGCCGCCGAAGUGAACUACGGCGAGAGUGCGCGCGAGCUUUUUUCCCCGGACCUCCGUCCGCAGAGAGCGAUAGGGAGACGAACGGAUAAAUCAAAAACGCCCACGGUGCGAGGCGAGGCGAGGCGCACCGGAGCGCAGGACAGCAAUAAAGAAGAAUCGAGGCGCGACCCGGAGGCGAACCGAGCGGCGGGGAGGCGGACGGGUGGACGGAGGAGCCAUGCAGCGGCUUGGCGCAGUGCACUCCUCCGCGGCGAGGGCUCGCAGCCUCGUGGUCUUAGUGCUGCAGCUGCUGACUCAGCUGCCAGGUGCCGACUCAGCUCUCCGGUACCGGAUGGCGGAGGAGGGUCCGCCUGACGUCAAGAUCGGCAACGUGGCCGCCGACCUGGGCCUCACGGCGGGCACGGGCAGCGGGGACGUGACGUUCGCCCUGGAGAGCGGCUCGGAGUACUUCAAGAUCGACAACGUGACAGGCGAGCUGACGACGGGCCCGCGGCGCAUCGACAGGGAGAAGCUCCCGCAGUGCCAGAUGAUAUUUGACGAGAACGAGUGUUUCUUGGACUUUGAGGUGUCAGUAAUCGGGCCCCUGCAGAGCUGGGUGGACCUGUUUGAAGGCCGCGUGGUCAUAACAGACAUCAAUGAUAACACGCCCGCCUUCCCCUCACCUGUACUCCAGCUCUCAGUGGAGGAAAACCGCCCAAUAGGAACUCUUUACCUGCUGCCCACUGCAACGGAUAGGGAUUUCGGUCGGAACGGCAUCGACCGCUACGAGCUGAUCCAGGACGGCGGAGCUGGGUCGAGUUCGGCCAGACGCGCAGCAGGGGGGAACCCCAUCGCUAGUAGGGCCGACGGACUCGGGGACCGAAGGAGCAGAAGCGGAGAUAGCGGAGGACCCCGGAGCACUGUGUUUGAACUGCAAGUCGCUGACAUUCCGGACGGCGAGAAGCAACCGCAGCUCAUUGUGAAGGGCACGUUGGAUCGCGAGCAGAAAGACUCGUACGAGCUCAUCCUCCGGGUUAGAGACGGAGGGAACCCCCCACGCUCCUCCCAGGCCCUGCUCCGUGUGUCCAUAACCGACGUGAAUGACAACAGCCCACAGUUUGAGAGGUCCACGUACGAGGCAGAAAUGGCAGAAAAUGCUCCUCCGGGGACACCCGUCCUCCAGGUCCGGGCCUCGGACCGUGACAUUGGAGUCAACGGGCAGGUGGAGUACGUGCUCGGCGUCGCCACCGAGUCGGUGAGGCGGCUCCUGAGGCUGGACGAGGCCACCGGAUGGCUCAGCGUCCUCCACAGGAUCGACAGGGAAGACGUGGCUCAACUCAGGUUCACCGUGAUGGCCAGGGACAGGGGCCAACCCCCUCGCACGGACAGAACCACCGUCAUCCUGUCCGUCCGGGACGAGAACGAUAACGUUCCGGUGGUCGAGAUCAGAAAGAUCGGACGGAUCCCCGUGCGAGACGGUGCGGCGUUGGUACCGGAGAACGUCCUGGUGGACACGCCGGUGGCUCUGGUACAAGUGUCCGACCGCGAUCAAGGGGAGAACGGGGCGGUGACCUGCACGGUGGUCGGAGAUGUCCCGUUCACCCUGAAGCCAGCCGGCGAGACGGUCCUCCCACCCCUACCUGCAGAUGAAGCCUUUGAUAGGAACAAGAAAAAAUACUUCUUGCACACUUCAGCCCUGCUGGACUAUGAGGCCACCAAAGAGUACAGUGUUACCAUUGUGGCAGUAGAUUCUGGAAGCCCCAGCCUGUCCAGUAACAGUUCACUGAUGGUGCGAGUGGUAGAUAUUAAUGACCAUGCCCCGACCUUUGCCCAGAGCGUUGUAGAGGUCCACUUUGCUGAGAACAACUCACCUGGUGAAAGGGUCGUCACCGUCGUGGCCACAGAUGCAGAUAGCGGAAAGAAUGCAGAGAUCGCCUACUCUCUGGACACCGCUGCUAAUGGGCCGUUUUACAUAGAUGCAGAUAACGGAGAUAUCCGCGCCACUGGUGUUCUGGACCGUGAGCUGCGGGAGAGGUACGAACUCCGGGUUAUUGCCAAGGACAAGGGCACGCCGGCUCUGCAAGGCUCUGCCACUGUGGUUGUUCAGGUGACCGACCGCAACGACAACGCUCCGAAGUUCGUCCAGGAAAUCUUCACAUUCUACGUGAAGGAGAACCUGCUCGCCAACAGUCCGGUCGGCAUGGUCACCGUGACCGACGCCGACGAAGGCGAAAACGCCGAACUGAGUCUAUUUGUAGAUAUGGAUGUAGCCGAUGAGAAGAAGGCGGAGGGAGAGGACGGCGCGAAGGAGCGAGGCGACGAGGUGUUUUCGAUUGAGAACAACACUGGAACUAUCUUCUCCUCUGCAUCGUUUGACCGCGAACGCCUUUCCACCUACACCUUCCGCGUGCGGGCCGUGGACGGAGGGGAGCCUCGCAAAACGGCCACGGCCACCGUCUCGCUCUUCGUGACAGACGAGAACGACAACGCCCCCUCCAUCACCUCCCCGGCCAACGAGUCCUACACCCUCCUUCCACCCGCCAGCAGCGCCCGCACCAUCGUCCGGACCGUCACGGCCACAGACUCGGACACGGGCCCAAACGCGGACCUGCGCUAUGCUCUAGUGGGGGGAAAUCCCUUCAGACUCUUCGAGAUCGGCCACACCAAUGGAGUGAUCACUCUGGCAGAACCCCUGGAGCGGCGCCACAGAGGGCUGCAUCGCCUAGUGGUCCGGGUCAAUGACAGCGGGGUGCCCUCGCUCUGCGCCACUGCCCUGGUUCACGUCUUCAUCAAUGACAGCCUGACCAACGCCACCCUUGUGGAUGCACAGGUGGCCCGAAGUCUGAUGGCGCCGCUGUCGCUGGACAUUGCCGGGGACCCGGACAGCGAGCGCGCAUUGGGGAAGCAGCGCCUCAGCGUCGCCAUUGGCGUCUUGGCCGGAGCCGCGGCCGUCAUCCUGGUGAUCCUGCUCGUGGUCACGGCCCGGCAGUGUGGCGCCCAGGGCAAGAACGGCUACGAGGCCGGUAAGAAGGAGCCGGAGGAGGACUUCUUCAGCCCCCAAGGGGCUCAGCCGCAGGCCGGCCGCGGCGGAGGCUCGGACCGCGGACGCAAGCCCCGGCGGGACAAGCGCAACGGAAUAGGCGGCGGCUCGGCCGCAGGCGGGGGGAAGUCCGACCGGUCCCUGUACAGCGGCAUAGUCACGGUCAACGGACUGCGUCGCCACGGCAACGACGACGACGAGGAGGACCUGAGCAGCGCCAGCGAGCGCCUCGCGGCCCGCUACUCCGCCAUGGACAACGACCCCGGCAGCCCGCGGAUGGGCGGCGGCAGGCGCCACCAGUCCAGCCCAGACCUGGCCCGGCACUACAAGUCCAGCUCGCCCCUCCCUGCGGUGAACCUGCAGCCCCACUCCCCCCCGGCCGAGGGCAAGAAGCACCAGGCGGUGCAGGAGCUGCCCCCCUCCAACACCUUCGUGGGCAGCGGCGGCUGCGUGGGGAGCACCGGCUCCAGCAGCAGCAGCAGCGGCGGCAGCGGCAAUGCGGACGCAAUGUCCCUGGGAUCGGACCAGUGCUCAGAGUACGGCUGCCAGACUGGGAACAAGUACAGCAAACAGGGGACCCUUCGCCGGGUGACCUUCUCCGUAGUCAGCCAGCCACAAGACGCCGGUUGUUAUGACAGCGGCCUGGAGGACUCGGAGACGCCGAGCAGCAAGAGUUCGUCGGGGCCGCGGCUCGGGGCCCUGCCGCUGCCCGAGGAAGGCUACGAGCGGACCACACCGGAGGGCAGCGUGGGGGAGGAGGAGCACGUGGAGAACGAUGCCAGGCAGCUGCCAGACGUGGCGCUGACGGGCAAAUGCACCCGGGAGUGCGACGAGUUCGGCCACUCCGACACCUGCUGGAUGCCCGUGCGCCCCUCCCCUCGCCAGCGCCAGCGCCACGGCAGCGAGCCCCCGCGGCUCUCCACCUUCGCGCCGGGCGACGACAACAACAACCUCCGCGGGAACGAGAGCGACAGCGAGAGCGCCGGCAGCGGCGGCAGCUCGGAGCCGGCGGCGGUCGUCGGCGGCGAGGCCCAGCGCCUGCCCCUGGUCAACGGGGACCCGCUGGGCACGCUGGGCGGCGGCGGCGGCGGCGACCGCAACCGCAACGUGGGCGACCACAACCGCAACCUGCUCAACCGCAAGAUGACGUCGGCGUCCUACGACACCUUCAGCAGCGCCGGGUUCGGGCGGCGCCAGCCGGAGGAGGAGGGCGGCGACGGGCAGAACCCGCCCGAGGUCAUACCGCUGACGCGGACGGGGGGCGACUACAAGACGGCGUCCUGCCUCACGCUGUCGCGCCGCGAGGUCUACCUGUGACGGCACGUCGUCGGUUUGGAGGCGCUUUUGAACCUGUGAAGAUGUGAAGCUGUCCGAGCGAAACUUUUGGAUUCUGACUAAUAUUUAUAAGCACUUAAACUUACACGAGUUAUAAAUCAUCUCUUUGAAGAGCUUUGGCCAUAAGUACUUUCUAAGAACGUCUCUUUUUUUAACUGUUAGUGAAAGGCCGUGGUCCUGGAGGGAACGUCUUCAUCUGCUUCUUUUUACCUGAACCCUACGCAUGUCUGGCCCUCGGACUCCGAGGGGCCUGUGUGAGGACGAUAGAGACAACGGAGACUUUGUAAAUGCUAUAACGCUAUAAACGCCUCAGUGCAUAUAAAAACUUUUACGGACUCAGCUCAUAAAACGCGUGAGGUCGCACCCAGUCAAAGUCGCUCAGAGGAACUAACGGGUCUUUGAUUGAGGCAUUUGGAUCUGAUUUAAACCAAUCAAACUUUUAUUGCCCAAUCAACUCUAUCCUAAACCAAGGCGGGGAUUUCAACCAGUGGGACUGGCAGUGUGAGCGCUGUACAGCUACUUAGCAGGAAAAAAAAAAUCAGGUCCAAAAACACAGAGGAGACGGAACAAACUGCAACAAUGUGAAAAGAACAGACUUUUUCUACAGGCUUCAAAAGUGAUCAUUCAGACACCAGGUUCUCAUGGAGUGUCAGUAGUGCCACAGUGUGAACACGUGUGUCUCUUCUUUUGCCUUCGCACCCAGUCUGUAUGUAUAUAUCGUGUGUGUAUUUGAUAAAACAGUGUUAUCGCUCUCCGCUUCGGAGUCGGCUGGGGUGCCGAGCUCACUACACACCUGCAGUAUCCUAACAGUGAUCAUGUAUCAUAAAUACUUCAUGCGCACACACACACACACACACACACACACACACACACACACACACACACCUUAGCAUGCAAACACACACUCAUAUGGUGCAUUUACGAUUGUGAACAUGCUUCAGGCCACAGUUUAUGACAUGAUCCAGUGGCUGUGUAACAUAGUAUAUAAUAAACUGCAUUAACGUUUAUACAGAACACACACGCGCGCGCGCACACACACACAGCCUAUUAAGGCUUAUGACACGUAGGAAGACACACUCAUAGUAAAGGUGUGCGCAGUGCACUGCUCAUGUGCAGUGUGUACGUGCUCUUAAUCAUCAUUUUAACAUAUUGCCUCUCAUUGAACUAGCUGUAGCAUUUUGCCUGCUGCCCUGCAGCCAGUAUUUAAACAUGAAACGUAUUUAAAUAAUUACUCAUCUCUCUGACUGACGUGUGGGGCUUUAUUAAAGGGAAUUUCAACGACAUCCACUGUAUGUAUUGAUAGACAAUGUGGACAUAUGAGAUAUUCUGCAUAUUGUAAGUAGGAUUCAUAGAAAAAAUGAAAUCUCUCAUUUCUGUAAAGGAAAAAAAGACAAGAAAAAAGAAAGAUAAUGCAAACUUCUUUUCUCUCUUUUUUAAACCACAUGCCUUUUUUGGAUACCACGCCUAUUUGGAUACAUCUGUACUAAAUGUGUGCGCUCAUGGGGGAGUGGAGAUAAUGACGGCAGCGAGGGAGUUAGCAUUAGUGGAUUAAGCCGCUCCUUCUUUGUGCUAACCUUGGGCCUCUCUCUGCAUCUCCGUGGCCCCGAGUCGUCACAAAGCUGUUUCGCAGGCCGCGAAAGACAGGAACGCAGUGCGGAGUUCGGCCGCGACCCGCUUCGCCCGCGCGGCGCCGACCCGUGCUGCCGUGCGCGCGGGACCUCGCGGAUGACGGGCUCCUUCACGUUCGUCCUUCCCAGCAGCCCCCACGCGGCUCCGCUGGGCCGGGGAGUGGGUGUGGAUCCAGGCCAGCACAUCUUAAUUCCCAUCAUCAGUGUGUGGUUCAGUGGUGUGAUAGGGAUAAUAGGGUUAGGUCGUCCCUGUGGUCUUAAUGAGUUUCCUUUCUCCUCUCUUCUCCUCCCUUGAUCUGCACUGAUCUCAUUAAUGUCUGGAUAGGCCAAAGUAACACUGCUGGAAAAUGCCAGUAAGCGUGCGUCUUUAUUUUAUUUUUUUUUCGGGCUGUUUUGGAUCAGAGGAGGCGAAAGGCGCACGCUUGUUAACGACGUGCUGCACUUCAGUUCUUAGCACCCAGUACAGCUCAGAGCUCUCAGGUAAGACAGGUGCGUCACCACGUGUGGCUUCUUGACUGGGCCUUCACCUGGUGGCGUGUUUUAGCAUUAACAGCUGAGAGAUGUGUGUGCGUGACUCCACUUUGUGCGCUUGCACCACCCUAACGUUACAACUCUGCAAACCCACCCCUUUAUUGUCCCGGGCCUCUGAUGCACCCACUCCCGAUGCCUUCAUUACCCCCACGCCCCCUAGAACACGGCUGUUUACUGAGCUUGCUUAGCAGCGGACUGUGGAGAUGCUGACACUGGUAAGGGACCAAUGAGACGCGAGGGGACGAGUCUCUGGAUCCCUUGGACGCCGGGGAGGUUGUGGAACCAACUAACCCGUUUGUUAAAGAGACUCUGGACGCAGCCCAGCGACGGACUUCACUCCAAACUGCUGUUUUAUGGUAGUUUCAUUAAAGCACCUUUCAACGCCCCGCCCCCCCCCCACCGCCUCCCCCACCCUCCCCUCCAACCAGAUUUAAGGGAACUUAACUGUGCAUGAAUCUGUGUGGAAGUGUAUCUUUUUUAUACUGUGCACGUUUAAAGAUGAAUAUGUUUCAGUCUACUGCAAAACAACGAGGGGAGACGGACAGAGAGGGAGCGUGACGUCUGGGAGUCAAUCAGCCGAUGUUUGGGACAUUUUUUAAAGCGGACACUUCCGCAGACAUCAUGUUCCUGUCAUCUCCCCCUUUAAGCUCUUAUCCUUAUAGCCAUGUACAGAUAAAACCGCUACGUAGAACAGGAAACUGGAAUCCAUAACAGACGAUGGCAUGCUUAACUUCAAAUCUGCACUCAAAAAAAAAAAAUGAGGGAAAAAAAAGAUGUUAUUUUUAUUUUCCUCUUCUUUGUUCCGCUUUCUUAUGGGGCCAGCUCUGUUUUCUUUUUGGCCACUCCCCUCCUGUAUUUACAUAAUGAACUAAUUGCAUUUGCUAUGACGAGGAGGAAGAGGAGCCGCCGACGAAUGGUAUGAGGAUGAAUCAUGUAAAAGUUUGACUUUGACAUUAAAAACUUCAAACACG